UCCUUCCUCUUCUCUUUUAGACUCGUUCUGUUCUGUAUUGGCCAGCUAUGAGUGGCAUUGAUUUGCAUUCGAUAUUUGAUGUGGACGUGGGGAACCUUACUGAAUCCAACUUGACCUGCCAUGGAGACUGUAUCACCGUGGAUUCAGUAUCGUGCUCGAACACACUCAACAAGAGCGCUCUGCUCUACACCCUUGCUGUUUUCUACAUCUUUAUAUUCAUGAUAGGGCUGGUGGCCAAUUUUGUCGUUGUCUGGAUGAACUUCCAAGCCAAAACAACCGGCUAUGAAACUCACCUCUACAUCUUCAACCUAGCCAUUGCUGACCUGUGUGUGAUCAUCACCGUGCCCGUCUGGGUCAUCUCCCUUGUGCACCAUGGCCAGUGGCACAUGGGGGAAGUCAUGUGCAAGAUCACCCUCCUUGUGUUCUCCAUAAAUUUGUACGGGAGCAUCUUUUUCCUGGCAUGCAUGAGUGUAGAUCGCUAUCUCUCGGUUGUCUACUUCACUGCCUCCAACAACACUAAAAAGAAAACAAUCCGCCGUUGCAUCUGCGUCUUUGUGUGGCUUUUUGCCUUUUUUGUGUCUCUUCCUGACGCCUAUUACCUUAAGACAGUUUCUUCCAAUGGUGAAACCUACUGCCGCCCCCUCUAUCCAGAGGAGAACGCCAAAGAAUGGCUGGUGGGAAUGGAGCUGAGCUCGGUUGUUCUAGGCUUUGUCAUUCCCUUUCCUGUCAUUGCCGUUUUCUAUUGCCUUCUAUCAAGGACCAUCUGUGCUUCUAGUGACCAAGAGAAGAAGAGCAACGGGAGAAUAAUCUUCUCCUACGUCAUGGUAUUCCUCAUCUGCUGGCUGCCGUACCAUGUGACUGUCCUGCUUGACAUCUUCGCGGCCCUCCAUUUCAUAUCCUUCAGCUGCCAAAUGGAGAACUUCCUUUUCGCAGCUCUUCACGUGACGCAGUGCUUAUCUUUAGUUCACUGCUGCGUCAACCCCAUACUGUACAGCUUCAUCAACCGAAACUACAAGUACGAACUUAUGAAGGCCUUCAUCUUUAAAUAUUCGGCUAAAACCGGCCUUACGAAACUGAUUGACACUUCCAGGGUGUCAGAAACGGAGUACUCUGCGCUGGAGCAAAAUGCAAAAUGAUUGCAGUUUCCCCCAAAGC